UGCCGAAGGAAGGGCUCGGGUUCAGGCUUCACGAGAGGCCGCUCUGCUCCGCCUCUCGUUGGUUCCGGAGGUCGCUGAAGCUGUGGGGAAAUGCUGGCGCGCGCGGCGCGGGGCACUGGAGCCCUUUUGCUGAGGGGCUCCGUGCAGGCUUCUGGCCGCGUUCCGCGCCGCGCCUCCUCUGGACUGCCCCGAAACACCGUGAUACUGUUUGUGCCUCAGCAGGAGGCCUGGGUGGUGGAGCGAAUGGGCCGAUUCCACCGGAUCCUGGAACCUGGCUUGAACGUCCUCAUCCCCGUGUUAGACCGAAUCCGGUACGUGCAGAGUCUCAAGGAAAUUGUUAUCAACGUGCCUGAGCAGUCAGCUGUAACUCUUGACAAUGUCACUCUACAAAUAGAUGGAGUCCUUUAUCUGCGCAUCAUGGAUCCUUACAAGGCAAGUUAUGGUGUGGAAGACCCUGAGUAUGCUGUCACCCAGUUAGCUCAGACGACUAUGAGAUCAGAGCUUGGCAAACUCUCUCUGGACAAAGUUUUUCGGGAGCGCGAGUCCCUGAAUGCCAACAUUGUGGAUGCUAUCAACCAGGCUGCUGACUGUUGGGGUAUCCGAUGCCUGCGCUAUGAGAUCAAGGAUAUCCAUGUGCCACCCCGAGUGAAAGAGUCUAUGCAGAUGCAGGUAGAGGCAGAGCGUCGGAAGCGGGCCACAGUUCUAGAGUCUGAAGGGACACGAGAGUCAGCUAUCAAUGUGGCAGAGGGGAAGAAACAGGCCCAAAUUCUGGCCUCGGAAGCAGAGAAGGCUGAACAGAUAAAUCAGGCGGCAGGAGAAGCCAGUGCAGUUCUGGCCAAAGCCAAGGCUAAAGCUGAAGCGAUUCGGAUUCUGGCUGGGGCUCUGACUCAACAUAAUGGAGAUGCAGCAGCCUCGCUGACUGUGGCUGAGCAGUACGUCAGUGCAUUCUCCAAACUGGCCAAGGAUUCCAACACAGUCCUGCUGCCCUCCAAUCCCAGCGAUGUCACGAGCAUGGUGGCUCAGGCCAUGGGUGUCUAUGGGGCUCUCACCAAAGCCUCAGUACCCGGAGCCCAGAACUCCAGCGAGAGCAGAAGAGAUGUCCAGGCUGCAGAUACAAGUAUUGAAGAACUGGGCAGAGUCAAACUCAGUUAGUAGAGACGACCUGGCCGGGAGUCCAGGGACUGGGAGCACUGCUCAGAUUCUGGCUCCAGCCUCCCGACCAAAUUUUAGUUUUUAUUUUUUUAUUUGAACUUAAUAAUCAUGUAAUAAACUCACCAGUGGCAAAUCGGAAACUGUCCUCUUUGAUUGGGGGAUGAAGUUAGGAAAAUCACUCGGGUUUUCUUUGGAAGUCCACUCCCACCCUUCAGUCCAGGUAGGUCUGAGGAAUUGAUUCUCCAUGAUAAGGAUUAAUUUCAUGUGAAGUGAAGUCAUUCUGUCUUCAAGAGCAAACUUUGCUGUGUGGGGAUUAAACCUGUGUCUGCUGAACUGCUAGCUGCAGCGUGUUGCUCCUCCUGCUAAGCGGUGCAGGUGUUUGGGGACACACAGGAAAGAGGACUGCCUUGGCAUUUUGGACUGCCUGGUAGUUUGGCGGUCUUAAAGGGCUGAGGGUGUACAAUAUUAAGAUAUUGACUAGGGUUUACAAAAG